AUGGCCGACCGCCUCGUCCUGCUCGUCCUCGUCGUCGCCGCCGCAUCCCCCACCGUAGCCUCCCCAGUGGCCGCCGCGCGUCCCUGCAACACCCUCUUCAUCUCCUCCCACUCGGCCAACGCUAACCCCAGCAACGACCCCGACCACCGCUCCCCCAUCACCACGACGGUCAUCACCGUCUUCCGCAUCCGCCGCUUCGGCCCCCACUUCCUCCGCACCCAAGGCCACGCGCAUCCCCACCUCAACCAGCACCACCACCACCACCUACACUCCAUCCCCGCCAACAUCCAGAUCCGCCGCCCCGAGCUCCCAGAGCCUCCCCACUCUGCGGCCGGCGUUGCCGCGAGCAUCCAGGAGCGCGUCAAGGACAUCCUCGUGGUCCUCGUCGGGAUCCUCUUCGGUCUCGGCUGCGGCGCGCUCACCGCUGCCUCCAUGUACCUCGUGUGGUCCGUAAUCGCCGGCCCCGGCGCGUCCUCCCACUACGACGAGCUCUACGGCGACGAGGCGUCCGACUCCGAGAGCCCCAAGAAGGUUGGCUAUGUCAUCAUCCCCGGCGUCGAGGCCUACGACGGUGGUAAGAACUAG